AUGCUCGAUAAUCCCACCAAAUCAUGUGAUAUGAGUAAGUUCUCCGCCUUUCUUGAAAUUCAGAUUUGCCCUGUUAUCCAAGGGGCACUCGUGGCAUUGUGGCCUGGUUGUCAACGUGUCGAAAGUAUACGCUGCACUUUCAUGUUUAGAGUCCAGCUGGAGGCGUGGACCUAUGUGAGGUCGAAACUGCAGUUCAGUUCAGCCUGGAUGGGAGUACCUUCUGGAUUGUUGAAAAAUCAACUACCGGUCAUUCAUCAAUUUAAACGAAUUAAAAUUGAUUAUACCAGCCUUCUGCUAUCUGCCAACUUCUGGUCACAUACAGAAUGCAAAUAUGAGAGUGAAGGUGAGCACGAAGUGGCCUCUCCCGAGCUGGUUGCAGCCAAUCCAACUGAGGGCGCGGUUGGCUCCGAGGCCUCGCCAAGGAGCCAGCUGACAACUUCGGAGACCGGGCCCCUGCGCAGUCCCAGCAGCGUGGACUCCGAGGUCUCGGACCGUCUCAGCAGUAGGCUGGCCGACAAGAUGACCCUCUCCGAUGGCCUGUCUCCGAUCUCUCUGGGGUCCGGUGACCUUGCGCAAAGAGAUAGCUGGACCGAGCCUGUGGUUGAUAGGUUGUUUCGUAUACGUAGCCGAUUUACUUAUUCAUGGUCCAGAUCAUUUUCACAAAGAAGACACAGAAAACCGAUGGAGGACAGUUCAGGCAUUGACAGACGAACAAUUCAGUUCGUCGCCAUUUUGGGCAGAAGCAAUUUACUUUUUUUAAUUUCUUCUCCCAUUUACCCUUGUCCUAACCCCUAUUUUCCUGUGCUAACUUGCUUCUCUAAUCACGAUGCAGACGAGAGCUGCUAUUUUGUGGAGCCAUUUGGAAGAGGGUUUUUAGGACAGCCGAACAUUGAUUCAAUUCAUUCUAGGCGGAUUACCCUGGCAACUGAUUGA